CGAUACCAAAGCCCAACCAUUAUUUGCUGUGACAUGCGCACAUCAAAAUAGAGAGAGCGAAAGCGAAGUGAAAAUCUUUGGAAUCCGUUUUGAACUCGCCGUCAUAACUCAUUCCAGUGCUCACUGAUCGGUUUCAUCGAUCUCCACCGCUUCAUCCUGUUCAUCAAAUUCUCGGGUUUCAACCCAUAAAUUCAUUUUUUAAUUCAAGUAAAGUAAUGAUUUUUAUUUUGGUUUAUAUGCUCCAUCAUCCAUGAAUGAUUCUCCUAUGGCAUGAUCAUCGUGCGUUUUUGCGGAUUUCUCUUCUGGGUUUUUCAGGGUUUCGUCUUUUCUUUUGUGGGUCGGUGUUUUUUUUCUCGAAAUAAAAAUAUAAUUUUUUAAUUUGGGUUUUUGGGGUUUUUUUAACCAAUUUUAUUGGGGGUUUCAUUGAACUGAUGCUGGACUUCAGAGAAGGUUCCAAUGUGUAAGGGCUACUAUUUGGAUUCUGGAGUUUGGUCUAGGGUUUGAAAAUUGUUGGUGUGUGUGGGUGAACAUGGAAGAUAAUACCGAGCUUGAAGAAGGAGAGGCUUGCUAUUAUAAGGACGAUGAUGAAGACAACACUGACCUUGAUUCCCUCUCUUACAUUGACGAGAGGAUUCAACAUGUUUUGGGCCAUUUUCAAAAGGAUUUUGAAGGUGGUGUUUCUGCUGAAAAUUUGGGUUCCAAAUUUGGUGGCUAUGGUUCCUUUCUACCUACCUAUGAACGCUCUCAUCCAAAGACUCCACUAGGAAACCAAAGCUCGCCACAAUCUCCUAUUGUUCUCCACAAGGAGGCUGUGCCUGAUAACAGAAAAGCGCCCUCAAAUAUGGCUCCUGCUGCGAGGAUUGGAAAUGCUUCUCAUAGUUCAAAUUCGUUUCGUGAUGUAAGGGCAGCUUCGAUAGAUGUCUCAGUGAAGAAAGACAGUGGAAUUUCUUCCAAUGAUGUAGCUGGAAGGUGCACUUUGAAAGAUGACACUCCAAUUAAGAAGGGAAAUUCAACUGACCAUAGAACGCUGAAGUUUAGACUCAAAAUGAAUUCCAACUUCUUAGCGCAAACGACUGCAGAAAUUUAUAGUGGCCUUGGGCUUGAUGACUCCCCGUCUUCCUCAAUGGAGAACAGCCCUGUGGAAAGUGAAGGCACUCCUCCACCCCCACCUCCACCUGUAUCUAAAGCCAAAGCCGAAGAUUCUGCAAUUGAAAUUAUUCAGGCUAUGACUUCCUGUGCGAUCCCUGGUGGUAUCUUACUAUCACCUCUACCUGAAAGUUUGCUCUUCUCAGUGAAAAAUGAAAAAGUUCACGGAGACGUCAGAUAUAUGUCUUCUCGUGAACCUCGUUCCAUGUCUACUGAUGAGUCAGAUUCUUUUGUUGCGGACGGGCAUUUGAAGAAGAGGAUAGUGAGAAUAGUUAGACAAAAGGAAAAGAAGUUGGAAGCGAAGCAAAUAAAUGACACCCUUUCUGUGAGUGAUAUGGCAUUGCAUGUGAAGAAAAGGUUGGGAAAUAGGACACCAGAUUGCAAUGAACUUCUCUCUAUUGACAUGAAAUCAACACCUCUGUCAAGUUCAAUUUGUGAUGCUGGUGAAACUGCAGUAGCCACUGCUAAAGCCUCUAAUGUUGCCAAAAAGUUUAGUGAGAAUGGUGUUCAAGGCAGAAUUGUGUCUGUGGAACCAUUGAAGGAGGAGUCAUUGGAGUCUAUAUCUGGUCAGGAUUUUAAAAAGAUUGAAAAGCAAAGUGUGGGAAAUGGUUUUAGGAAAAAUGUUUUAGAAGAAAAACUGGAAAAUUCCCUAAAGGAUAGUUCUGCUGAUCCUAAGAAUGACAGCAAGUGUAAUACUUACAUGAUUUCCAAAAAUGUUGAACGCGAUGGAGGCAAACGUAAGAUUGACCAAAGGUAUGAGACCCCUCAGAGGGUGAAGGUUGUAUCUGAAAGGAGGAACAAGUCAAAGGGUGAUGAAAGUCCUGGGAAACCUGAGUCUGUUGGCAGAAAAGAUACCUUUGGUGGUGCUAAUAAUGCAAUGGUAAGUGAUAAAGGGAGUGCUGGAUUUGGCACGGUUAGUAGAAAUAAAAUGAGCAAAACAAAGGUACAGAAGGAUAGUAAGGUCAGAGACAGUACCAAAGUAUCAUUGAAAGAAAAAAACUCAGAUCAGAAAGUCGAUGAUUUUCCUGGUAAUAGUGCUGUUAAGACUUCUAAGUCUAACAAUAAUAAUGAAAAACAGACUGCAUUUGGCGCUAAACUAAAGGAAAGAUUAAGUGACAAUAAAGUGGUUAACCACUCGCUAGCUGGGCCGCGCAAAACAGAUGAUCUGGGUUCAUUUCCAAUGGCUGUAAAUAAUGCUGCUCUGGAGAUGAUUCCAACAGCAGUAGCAGCACCUCAACUUAUUGCAGAAGAUUGGGUAGCUUGUGACAGUUGCCAGAAAUGGCGGCUUCUACCUACUGGCUUAAAGCCAGAGCAACUUCCAGAGAAAUGGUUGUGUGUCAUGCUUAAUUGGCUGCCUGGGAUGAAUUCUUGUGACUUUAGUGAGGAUGAGACAACAAAGGCAUUGUAUGCUUCAUAUCAAAUGCCGAUUUCUGAGGGUCAAAAUAACUUGCAAACGCAUGCCUCUGAAACUGCAUUUGGAGUGAGCUCUGCUGAUGCUUCACAGUUUGGUCUGAAUCACAAAAAGUCCAAUUCUAGCGUGUUGCAUGACCAAGGAAAGAAGAAACCUUUUUUUAAGGAAAGGAUAGUGUCAAAGCUCAGUGCUCAAGCAUCAGGAAAAAAUAGAAACUUGAAUCAACAUCCUACAGAUUCAAAACCAAUGAAGAUGAAACAUCCCAGCAGGUCUAACAACACGAUAGAAGAGAAAUGUGCGUCUGAAGAGAGAGAAAAGCAAACAAGUGAAGGUACCAGAAAGUAUAUUAAGUUAAAACGCAAGGUGGAUGCUGAUCAAUCUAGUUCAGGAACUCCUAAGAAAUCAAAAACUGAACAUGUUCCCUAUGCUGAUAAACAACUGAAUCCUGGCAUGGGCCUUGGGAAGGUUGUUCUAAAUGCAAGAGGCAGUUUACCAACAAAAGCUAGCAGAAAGGAGGUGAGGAAGUAUGAUGAGUUUGGUUUACCCGAAGAUGAUGAGGAUAGCUUACUAGUCCCAGAAAAGAAGGAGGGAGAUCAGGCUGAAGUCACUUCUGGUGUUGGCUCCUUGAAUGUGAAGAGUAGCAGCAAAAAUGGCAGUUUAAGGAAGAAACAGAAAUUCAAUGACUGGCCAGAUGAUGAGACUGAGAAGCAUAACAGCUCAUCCUCUUUGCAUGGUAAUAAACAGUGUGGCGAGCAGGGAAGCACAAGUAAACUUUGGAAGGAAAAUCAGUAUAAAAUUUUGAAUAAAGAGGAAAAUUUCGUUGCUGCUGAUGAUGAUAAAUUGAGGAAAGGUAGGGUGAGGCGAGUUUCCUUACCAGGAAGUCGGGACCAAACGACUGUUGAGACAGAAGGAAGAUAUGUUGAUAAAGACUAUCAGCCAAUGAAGCGCAGAAAAAGUAUUGCAUCUCAUCAAGCUUUGGAUGUUAUUGCUCCAUUGGGCUCUGGACGACAACUAGCAUUUGCAGCAACUUCAAGCUCUUCAAAGGUUUCAGGCUCUCAUAAAGUUAGAACCAACUUUGAUGACGUGAAAGGUUCUCCUGUGGAAUCUGUUACUUCAUCACCUUUGAGGUCGUCUAACCUCGAUAAACAUGUUUUGACAGCAAGGCACAUUUCAGUGAAGGAUGAUGCUGUAAAAGUCAGCCUUUCUUCAAGAAAAGGCGCGAACAAUGGGAAGGGGAAGUUAUCAUUAAAAUUGAAGGGGGACAAGAUUUCAUAUAAUGCACAUCCUGCACCCAACAAAAUAACUUCAACAGAGUACCAAGUUAAGGAAGCUAAAGACAAAGUCAGGGUCCAAGCAAAAACUUCUGAAAUUAAGAGUAAUCGUUUGCUUGGGGUUCCCGUUGAAGAACAUGACAAUAGUGGCAUGCGUCACGAGGAGAAAGUGAACAGGAACAAACAGGACGAACUGUCUGGGAAGAAACCCAACAAGGUGACAUCAUUGCAAAGCAUGGAAAAGAACAGAAGGCCUGGUUCUCAGGUUGGUACAGAUAAGACGAAGGUUUUGACUUCAGAGAGUUGUUUUUCUAAAAAUGGGGAAAGGCAUGAUUCACAAGUCGACCCUAUUGGUACCGACACAAGUUAUGAUGCUAAGUACCGUUCUCUUAUGUCUAAAUGUGAGAUUGACAGUGUUAGUCACAAGAGUGCUUUAAGACACGGGCCAACUGAAACUGGAAAGCAAACUGAGCUGAAACAAAAUGACUUUGAGAAAUCUGUUAUGAAGAUGGAUACUCAACGUUCUACUGGUAGUAAGAGAAAGGGUACAUUCCAGCAAAACACGACUCAGGAUGCCGAGGAAGAAAACAAAGCUAAUCACGAAUGCACGGAAUCAAGAGAUAGGAAAUCCAAAGUUCUCUUAUCUGCUGAUGGUGAAAUAAAAAGGGAAACAUUUGCUGUACCACGGUAUCAAAAGGGAGAUAUCUCUAAUGAACAUCCAGCUUCUGCAGGCAACAGUGGUUUGACCAAGUUAGUGAGAAAUUCUGCUGAUUCUAGCGGCAAUGUCUUAGUUAAUUGUAGUUCUGGAAGUGUUGCACCUGGCCAACAACUCACCGUGUCAAGUCCUGUGAGAACAAGUGCUGAGCAAACUGCCGUUGGCACCCUGGAAGAUGCCGCAAGACUAAAAGAAAGUGCAGGUCACUAUAAGAAUUCUGGAUUUGAUUUUGAAAGCAAUGAGACCUACUUUCAUGCUGGUUUGAAGUUUCUGCACGGAGGAUCUCUCUUAGAAAGUUGUCACAAUGAGAUUAGCAAGUACGGGGAGAUGAGUCAAAUGCAAAUUUAUGCCACAGCAGCCAAACUUUUCAAGUCAUGUGCCCAUGAAUAUGAAAAUCGUCAAGAAAUGGCAGCAGCUGCUUUGGCAUAUAAAUGCAUGGAGGUGGCAUACAUGAGAGUGGUUUACUGUAAACAUUCUAGUACAAACCGAGAUCGGUGUGAGUUGCAAUCAACUCUUCAAGUGGUUUCUCAAGGUGAAUCUCCUUCAUCUUCAGCAUCUGAUGUUGAUAACUUAAACAAUCAAGUGGCAAUGGAUAAGGCUACUUUGCCCAAGGUUACUAAUGCUCAUGCUGCCGGUAACCACGUUAUAUCUGUUCGAACUCGUCCGAGUUUGGUCAGGCUUCUUGAUUUUACUCAGGAUAUAAAUUUUGCUAUGGAGGCUGCUACAAAAUGUCACAGCACUUUCUCCGCAGCCCAUGCGACAAUGGAAGAAACACGGAAUAGGGACUGUAUAACUUCAAUUAAGAGGGUUAUUGAUUUCAGUUUCCAGGAUGUAGAUGAGCUUGUACGCCUGGUUCGAAAUGCAACAAAAGCAAUAAGUGGUGCUGGUCUUGGUGGUGCUAGAGAUUAACUCGUCGUCAUCAUGUAUAUAUUGUAUUUUCCGGAACUCCGGUUCUCCACUAAAGAUAGCAGCAUUCUGAAAGGAAGAAGAUUGACACAUGGAAAUCUGCAAAGUUAGCAUAUGUUACUCUUGUGUACAUUUGUACAAAAAAUAUGAUUGCUCAGAAAAUUUUGUAAGGAGAUUUUAAUUAAGGGUUCUUCUUAGUAGGGGCAUAACACACACCCUUAUUAUAUUAUGAGUUAGAAAAGAGGGAAGGGAUAUUGCAUUAGAGUUCAGUGCUACAUUCUUUGCUCCACUUAAUUGGAGCCCUAGAGAAAAAAAAAGAAUAGGGUAUGGAGAUGUUAGGCAAUAGCCAUUUUUGAGGGCUUUGAAUACUGAUAUAGUUAUAGUUGCUCCAUUUUUUUAUGACAUAAGAUUCUCUUUGGUGUUACCUUAUCUCAAAUUUUGAAUCAAAUUUACAUGUCUUCUCUCUA